AUGGCACAAUCAAUUUCUUCCCUGACUGAGCAAUGGCUCCAAUGGGACCAGGAUCCUACAACUCGUUCGGAGAUAGAGCAACUGCGGGACUCCAACGCCACCGAGGAGCUGGAAAAGCGGCUUCGGAAUCGUAUUGAGUUUGGAACAGCUGGUCUGCGAGGAUGCAUGGCCGCAGGGUUCUCCUGCAUGAACUCUUUGAUAGUCAUACAAGCCUCACAGGGGCUGGCCAAGUUCAUUCGAGACAAACGUUCUGACAUUGCUUCGAAUGGUGUGGUUAUUGGACACGAUGCGCGUCACAAUUCUGCGAAAUUUGCCGCACUCGCUGCUAACGCUUUCAUCGCGCAACGUAUCCCAGUUUGGUUCUUCAAUGAGGAAGGACCAACACCGAUGGUAGCGUUUGGUGUAAUUCAUUUUGGUGCUGCUGCAGGUAUCAUGGUGACGGCGAGCCACAAUCCACCUCAGGACAAUGGAUAUAAAGUCUACUCGAGCAAUGGUGCCCAAAUCAACCGACCCGAGGACGGUGAAAUAGCGCAGUCGAUCCAAGAGAAUCUUGAGCCAUGGCCGACUGCGUGGGCGGAACUACAGCCCUCCGAAUUCCUACGUGCCGACUCGUACCAGAAAUUGCUUCCUCACUAUAGUAGGCAAGUCGUAGAGUUCAUGAAAACUACAGUGGCAGAUUGGCAACCCCCAAGACCGUUCGCUUAUACACCUUUGCACGGCGUGGGAGGGUUAGUUCUUCCAACCCUAUGCCGCUCACUUGGAAUCAAGGACUUCGUAUCUGUUGCUGCCCAGGAAAAGCCUGAUCCUAACUUCCCCACCGUGAAGUUUCCUAACCCGGAAGAGGCUGGUGCUCUAGAUCUUGCUAUCGAGACCGCCGAUCGAGAAGGAAAGACCUUGAUCAUCGCAAAUGAUCCCGAUGCUGACCGCUUUGCUGUAGCGGAGAAAGUGGAUGGAAAAUGGCAUACAUUGACUGGAAACCACGUCGGUGUCCUUCUGGCGUCCCAUAUUUUGGAUUUGUAUGAUGCGAGAAAAGAUUGGUCCCACGUCGCGGUGUUAACCACAACCGUAUCGAGCGGGAUGCUUGGAAAGAUGGCAGCUGCAAAAGGAGUUUACUUCGCGGAGACAUUGACAGGGUUCAAGUGGAUGGCUAAUGUUGCCCGGGACUUGGAGAAAGAAGGAAAGACGGUCUCUUUUGCAUACGAGGAAGCACUGGGAUACAUGUUCCCAUCUGUGUGCUAUGAUAAAGACGGUAUUACGGCAGCUGCAGUCUUCCUUGCAGCGGAGGCCAAAUGGAGAGCCCAGGGCUUGACUGCCUAUGCCAAGCUGCAGCAACUGUUCAGCGAAUUCGGCCAUCAUGAAACCCUUAAUAACUACUUCCGAUCGCCCAAUCCACAGCUCACCUCUACACUGUUCCAGGGCAUUCGGGGCAGCUCAGGCCUCGCGAAUAUGCAGUUUGGUCGAUUCAAGAUUUUGCGAUGGAGGGACUUGACUGAGGGCUAUGACUCCAGCACUCCUGAUAACAAGCCUGACCUACCCGAAGAUCCAACAAGUCAGAUGCUUACACUGUGGUUGGAUGGUGGGGUUCGCUUCACAUUCCGAGGUUCGGGAACAGAGCCCAAGGUUAAAUUUUAUAUCGAGAGUUGCGGAGACUCUCGCGAAGACGCCGUCAAAGCAGUCUGCGAUACAUUCCUCGCUAUUCGGGAAGAAUGGGUACAGCGCUUUACGCCUUCGAUGACAUACAGCAAGCAGCUUUCCACUUCGUCUGGUAACAUUCUGAACGUUGAAUGA